AUGGCUAACCUUCGUGGAGAUGCAGUGUCGUCAAGGUUGUUAUCUGUACCUGACAUGCCCGACGUGACACUCGUGAAAACCCUGUUCAACUUGACUCGUCCAGGGGACAAGGGACAACCUGUUCUCAUAGACAAACAGAAGUUACCCGCAGAGGAAAGACUGAAAUAUGACUUGAGCGAAAAAGAGAAUGGCUUCCGGGAAUACGUGAGUAAUCUCAUUCCUCUCCGGAGACGAACGCCUUUUCCUAAACCCGACGAGUGCCAAAAUGAAAUGUAUAAUAUUCCAGCACUACCUCAGACAAGCGUUGUUAUCAUAUUCAUGAACGAGACGUGGUCAACGUUGCUCAGGUCUGUUCACAGCGUCCUUGACAACACACCUGCAAGUUUAUUGAAGGAGGUGCUCCUCGUCGAUGAUGCUUCAGAGAGGGAACACCUCAAAAGACCCCUGGAGGAAUACUUGGCUGACUUUCCUAAAGUCAGACUUAUAAGGAGCAAAACUAGAAUCGGGCUCAUGAAGGCAAGGGUAAUUGGAUUUGAUGCUGCGGCUUCGUCUACUGUGACGUUUCUAGAUAGUCAUUGUGAAUGUUUCCAGAGAUGGCUGGAACCUCUUCUGGCAAGGGUUGCCACCGAUCCCAAGAUAGUGGCUGUUCCGGUCACAGAGACAAUAAACAGUGAAAAUUUCGGAAUUGAAAACUCAAAUCCUAUACACGUAGCCAUACUGACUUUCCCGUUGUUAUCGUAUGACUGGGCAUACGUUCCUAAGAGAGAAAAACAGCGAGUUAAGUCACUGAUUGAUCCAAUUCACACACCUGCAAUGGCGGGUGGGAUGUUUACGAUAAGCAAAUCGUGGUUUGAAAGACUUGGAAAGUACGACCCGGAACUUUUGAUAUGGGGUGGGGAGAACACAGAGCUGAGCUUGAAAGUAUGGAUGUGUGGAGGUCGUAUUGAACUGAUACCUUGUUCCCAUGUCGGGCAUGUGUUUCGUACUCAUUCAAAUUAUCAUUAUGGGAAUGUGAAGAGUUACUACUCUUAUCACCGUAACACAGGGCGAGUUGGUAAUGUAUGGCUGGACGAUUAUAAGAAAUUCACCAUGAACUCCGACGGUCAGUUGGUUGAUAUAGGAGACGUUUCUGAAAGAAAGAGACUUCGGGAGGAUUUGGAUUGCAAGUCAUUUCGAUGGUACUUGAACAAUGUCCAUCCAGAACUGUACAUCGUGGGCGAUGGAGUGUACAACGGCGACAUACGUUCCGCCUUACAACCGUCAAUGUGUGUGGAUGCCAGAGACUAUUCUUAUGAUGUGGCGCUGGAGAUGCUGCCUUGUCAUGACAACGGAGAAGGCCAGGUCUGGGACAUGAGUGAGCUGGGAGAGAUACGGCACAGCAUCCACUGCAUGGAUUCUGGAUAUUCGAAGGAGGUGCAACUGGCUCGAUGUCACGGGGAAGGUGGCCAUCAGGCCUGGAAAUAUGACGGACGUUCCAUCCACACAGAAUUUGGGGACUGUAUUGCAAUAGAAGGGCACGUCCUUUUCCGGCAGGCAUGUGAUGGAAGCUUAAGUCAACAGUGGACAUGGCAUAAAAACAGGGAACAAAGAAAUUUGACGACACACAUAUAA